AUGGUCCUCGCUUCUCAUCGCGCGCUUGCCUUGUCCACACGCGUGGCUAAUCGAUCGUUGAGAAUGUUACACCAGCAGCAGAAAUCCUUGAAGCACACGCACACGCUGGUGCUGAUUCGCCAUGGCGAGAGCGAAUGGAACAAGCAAAAUCUUUUUACUGGCUGGUACGACGUUCAGCUCUCUGCUAAGGGUAAUGAGGAGGCGGCCGCUGCAGGUCAGUUGCUCAAGAAGGAGGGCUACACUUUUGAUGUCGCCUACACUUCGUACCUUAAGCGCGCCAUCCGCACGCUGUGGCAUGUGCUCGAGCAGACCGACCAGAUGUGGAUUCCUGUGUUCAAAACAUGGCGACUAAAUGAACGCCACUAUGGCGCUCUGACCGGUCUAGACAAGCAAGCCACUGUUGACAAACACGGCGCUGAAAAAGUUUUGGAGUGGCGUCGUAGUUAUAACAUUCCUCCUCCCAACCUUGACACGACCAGCGAGUACUACCCGGGUAAUGAUGUGAAGUACAAAGACGUUCCCAAGAAAGACUUACCACUUGCUGAGUCUUUGGAGCUCACCGCUGCUCGUGUUUUACCAGAGUGGGAACACAGAAUUGUGCCUAACAUCAAGUCAGGCAAGAAUGUGGUGAUCGCCGCCCAUGGCAACAGUCUACGUGCCCUCGUUAAGCAUUUGGACAAUAUUUCGGAGGACGAGAUCACGGGUCUAAACAUUCCUACUGGCGUUCCGCUCGUCUACCAUUUGGACGAAAAUCUCACGCCAAUUACUCACAAGGACGCCAUUGCGCCCCUUAACGCGUUCUAUUUGGGAGACCAAGAAGAGAUUCGCGCUCGAAUUCUCGGCGUGAAGAACCAGACUAAAUAA